AUGGAAAAAGAAGGUGAUGAUGGCAGACGGUCACUUACAUCGAAUAUACACGUUCAACAUUCGACUCACAUAGUCAAAACGAGCCCUAAUAAGAAGGUACGUCUUUGAUUUGUAUUGUUAUGGUGUUUAGGUAUCAUGAAAAUUGAGGAGGAUGAAGUUGUGGAUGUUGUUUUAGGCGCGUCAGAAAGAAUUGGGCUGUUUUGCUUUGUAAAUACAUUGAGAAAGGACAACUCUUUUUGACGCGUGUUGUUUUUCAUUGAAAAUCGGCAAUUUUGAUAAUUUCUUGAAUAUUUACAAGCAAUUUUGUAGCUGUUAGUACCUAAAUUAUAGUCUCUAGAAACUUUUUUGGUAAUAAAUUAUCUAAUUUGCCAUCAGACAACUUUAUUUUAAAAUUUAUUAAAUUCCGACCUUUUUUAAAAAGAUUUCUUUUAAACUGACGCACUUUAACCAAUGUUUGAGUGUAAUGUCGCUGGGUUUAAAAUAUUAAUCUCAGUUUGCGACAUUCGCUCUGAAUGGACUUGUUACGUGAUGUAGUGCAAGCGAGUGGACUUUGUUUAGGUCUUGUUUUGUUGUUUUUGGCACGUGAACUAUUUUCGCACUCGAAAUUUGUGGAAAGAAACGGGUUUUGAUACAAAAAAUGGUGUUUUAGGUAUGAAUUAGGGGUUUUCUUGGACUUUUUACGUUUCAUAGUGCAGAAAUGGCAAGGAUUUUCUUUACAAAAUGAAAAAUGGCAAGAACUUUACAGAACAAAAAAGGCAAAAAACUUUCUUUACAAACUAAAAAAUGGCAAAUACUUUCUUUCCAGACAUAGGAAUUGCUAUUUUCCUUGUCUCUGAUUAAUUUAUAUUGUUUUAGAGAUCUCAUUCGCCGGAAAAAUCACCAAAACCAUCAACCAGUGAAAUUCAACUUGAAAGAAAUAAAAGGUUAAGGGUUGAUCAAGAGAACAGUCUGUUAGCAUCAACUUUGUCCAAAUUCGUCAUACCAGAAGGCAUAAAUUCGACCACACCUCCAAAUAACAGAAUAUGCGCACAACGUCGAUGUAAGUUAAUAUUUUAGGUAUAAAGUUGGGUUUUGAGGUAUUCAUAGCCAUUUUUAUGUUGAUAAAUAAUAAUAUCAAUUUUUAAGCUCGAUUUUUUGCUAAUUGUUACUUAAAUUUUGAUUUUUCUAGGGGUUGUUACCUAAAUUAUCAAGGUUUACAUUUUUAUUACCUAAAAUACCAAAAAUCAUCAAAUUUGUUUCAUUUCAGCACCUCGAAAGCACUUGUCAUCAAAACCGAGUACCAGCACCAAUCCUCCAGGAUACUACUCACCUGUACCAGCAGCAAUUUCGAAGCUACCAUCUUCGGUUACCGUAAGCAAUGUCGGUAAUGUGAAAGUGAAUCGAAAGUACUUAUCCUUUACAUCCAAUUCUUCGACGGAACAAAAAUCGUCGGAAGACGAGGAUUUACCGGUAUUUGUUCAUGAUGGACCGAGCUUGGAUCCGACUGGUAGUGGCAAGAAGUCUUUGGAAUCGACCAGUAGAAAUGAUAGGGAAAUUGAGAGUUUGCGUAAUGUUGAAGAGUAAGUUGACAAUUUUUUGUUUAAAAAAUGGCGUUUAAAGCAAAAAUUAGACUUAUAUUUUUUUAAAUUUAGGUAACAAUUUUUUUAUUUUUUUCAUUUUAGAGCAAAAUUGGACUCAGAAGUUCCGAGUACAUCACAAGAACUACUUUCGUCAUCUACAACAAGACCUACAACAGAAGCUUUAUCAAGAAGAAUAAGUGCUAGAUUAUCGACCGGUCAAAAAGAAUCACUGAGGCAGAUCAUAAGAAAGGACCAAACUGGUACGCCAGAAACUCCGAGCACCAUUUCUAAACGAUUGGAUUUGUCAAAUAACGUGGUAGAACGACAGGAACGGACAGAAACGACUGCUUUAGAAUCUCCAGGAACGUCACAAGAAGCCGUAGUAGAGGUUGAAAUGAUAGAAGAACGGGUAGAUUAUCAACAACGUGAACUAGAAACUUCAAUACCUUAUCGUGGAGCUUCAGAAGCAUAUAUGAGUCACCGUGAAGCUCCAAGAUCGUCUCAAAAUUACUGUGAAUAUACAGAAUCUCCUCAACGUUACCCCGGAGCUCCAGAAUCUUCUACAAGCUACCGUGAAGCAUCAGAAGCUCUUAGGAGCCAUUACGAAGGCCCAGCAACUUCACAAAUCUAUAAUGAAUGUCCAGAAUCUUCUCCAAUGGGCAGCGAAGCUACAGAAGCAUUUAAAAGCCACCAAGAAGAUGCAAGAUCUUCUCAAAGCCAUCGUGAAGCUCCAGAAUCCUCUCAAAUUCACAAUAAAUCUUCCGAAGCCUUCAGUCUACUAACUGAUCCAAUACAAUCUUCUAGUACUCAUUGUGGAACAGCUUUCAAUCUACCCUCAAAUCAACCAGAAACUUCCAGUCUUCCAUCAAAUCAAACAGAAUCCUCUAAAAUCCGCUACAGAGCUCCAAAAACUUCAAAUCGACAGUUAAAUCAACCAGAAUCCUCAAGAACACGACAAGAUCAAGUGAAGAAAAAGGUCAAAUUCGAUCGGGUCGACUUGUAUUACUUUGAUUUUGCCCAUAGUUUCGACACUGUGCCGGAAGACGGUGUACCAUUGGGAAUGGCCAGAGAACACAGUGAUUAUAGGCAGUUUCCGACCUGUAAUAGGUAUCAGAAUCAUGUUCGAACGGAGAAAGUGAGUUUUUCAAAAAUUUUUUUCGAAUAUGCACGGUGCAGUCUCUUUUAUAAAUCUGCACGGUGCAAUCCUUUUUUUUGAAUAAUUUGCACUGUGCAAUUUCUUUUACAGCACCUAAAGUACACGAACAUUGUGAAAAGACCCUCAAGAUGUCGAGUAGGUCCGACGAUCAGUGGUUUAACGUAUGACCCGAAUAGUUUUGGUCGAUUAUCGACUGACAUUAGAGAUGCGAUUGCUCGAGGCGAAAACAUACUGUAUGAUGGAGUAAGUGCUAUAAUAAAUUGUUUCUGGUCACAAAAUUUAUAGAAAUCUACAUUUUUUCUUUAUUGAUCAAAAUGUUUAUAGAAAAACUCAAUUUUAAUUUUUAGGUAACAAACUUUUAAUUGUUUGAAAUUCACGCCUUUGUACAGUUAUAAAAUUCUUUAUUUCUAGCCAACCCGUCAAGAGAUCCAAGAUAUUCGUCAAUCCCGAACCUCAUGUGGAUGUGAUUGCCAAAACGGCUGUGAACCAGCCACGUGUCUAUGUGCAAUAUCCGAUAUCCAAUGCAUGGUGGACCGGGAAAACUUUCCAUGCAAAUGCACAAAAGAUAACUGUCAUAACCCAAAAGGCCGCGACGAAUUCAACAAGGAAAGAGUGUCGGAACAUGCACAACAAGUUUUGGCACAAUUCGGGAAAAAACAGAAGAAGCCGGCUUUGAAAACGACACUAAAGAUGGCUCUAAAGCAACAAACUGAAAAUAUGGUGACUGUGCAGAAAGAGAUGAUCUUAAAGAGCAGUAUCACUACACAGUACAGUCAAUUGCCUUCUAGUAAGUAAUGGAAAUAAAUUUGUAAAUUAAGUUUGUGGGGGAUUUUAAUGUGAAAGCUCUUGUAGUUUUUAAAAAUAAUUUUUGUAAAGAAAGUUCUUGCAGUUCCUAAAAAUUAUUUUGGAAAGAAAGUUCUUGCGGUUUUAAGAAAAAUUCUGUAAAGAAAGUCCCGUAAUAAAAAUAUUUUUUCAGUCUCAACCGGCUACCACCAGAACGUCACCAUACGCCGUCACCAAAGGUACUAACAUAACUUGUAAUAUAUAUCGUGUUUGUUACUUGUUGUCUCUAUUAUUUCCCAAAUAGACAUUUACUAACUUUUUUAGAAAAAUAGCUUUAAUAAUAUUUAUUAAUCACUAACUUCUUCAUUUUCCUUUAUUUUUCAUCAUUUUUGUUACUUUUUUAUUAUUUUUUGUUGUAUUAAUGUUGUUGUAGUAAAUAUAUUGUUGUUAUAUUACAGUUUUGUUACUUUUUUUAUUAUUUGCAGUAGUUUUUGUUUACUGUGUGAGUGAAUUUUUACUUCUUUGACAGUUUUUUAUUUUAAAAUAUUCGAAUUUUAUAAUUUUUUUGAUUUUUAAACUUUAUAACAAAAAAUUGUUUUACGAAACAAAAAUGUUGAUACUAACCAGAAAUUUGCUUUGAAAUCACAGCACUACUGCUUUCAGCACGCCACGAAAAAGUAACCCAUCUACACCAAUAUCUGAUGUGAGGAUUGAUCAAGCUACUACUUUAUUACAUAGGGAAACAGGUGAUCAACCAUCGACCUCAAUAUCGGAUAAAAUCACUAAUCAGCAAUCUACCACAAUCUCUGGUCAGCCUACACCAAUGUUUGAUCGAUCUACUAGGUCUGACAACAUUGACAAAAUAUAUCCCCAAGCUGGACUAAUAUACGGCCAAAAUACAACAACAACAACAAAUCAAGAUACUUUAAGAACAAAUCAAGCCACGUUAAGAUCGAACCCACCUACAUCAACAUCUAAUCAAAUAUCUAUCAAAAACCAGAUAUUAACUUCAAAUCAAGGCUUAAAACGCCGUUUUUUCCAACUUCUGAAUCCACGACAAGCCGAACUAUCAAUGGAUUCUUUAAAUCCUCAACCUCCAAGUGUGACUUCAAGACAAAAUUCACAAUCUACACAGAUUUCGAUUCCGAUUGAUCAUUCAAAACGGGUUAAUGAAGCAAGAAUUCAUAGGGAACAGCAAUAUAAUGAUAGUAGUCUAGGACAGACUUCUGGAGCUCAUGGCUUUAGUAACGCUAUGAGUUACAAGCACAUAAACCAAGAUUCUGAAGCUCAUGGUUUAGGAAAAGCUUCAGAAUCUUACAGUUCAAAUCUCACGACUAGAUGUCUUCAUAUAAAUCAAAAUACGGAAGCUCAACGCCUAAGUCAAGGAACAGAUUAUCUUCGCCCAAGCCAAGCUUCUAAAGACCAAGCCUAUCCUCAUGAAAACCAUACUCAUUCAUCUUCGGCCAUCCCCUCAAGAUCAAGCUUCAAUCAAACCUCAGAAUCAACGUUAAAAUCAGAACUACAAAGAAUAUCUCAAGAAUUCCAAGCAAGUCAGAUGGAAGUUAACGCUAAACUAACCCAAAUGUCAGUAGAAACCGCAAGAUUACGUCAAAAAACGCAAAUAGUAGUUGAGCAACAGCAACUUCUUCGCGACAAUAUUAUACAGAUGCAAGAAACAAUGCAAAAAACAGCAUUAUAUCAACAACAAUAUUUCAGUAUUCUUGAAAAAAUGCUCAAUCAAAGGCAGUGUUAUAGUGAUCAAUUACAAGCCUUUGACCGGGAACAAGCACCUAAUCAACCUACUUCAUUUGGAACAUGCCCUGAAAAUCAAAGUGCAGAGGCCAGUCAACGACAAACAAGUCAACAAACCCUAUUCCAGCCUAGUUCAAGCCAGUAUCAACGUACUAACCUACCACAAAAUUCAUUUCCAGAAGCUGUGUUAAGGAUUAGUCAACGUCGAAUGGCUGACCCUAACCAAACAGUUGGUCCGGAACCGAAAAAACUGAAACCUAGUACAAAGUCAAGCCAGUCAAAUACUAUUCCAACUAUUCAGCCACAAAUUAGUCGUACUACAGUUCAGCUACAGCUGAGUCCAUUUACUAGUCAAAUAUCAUCAAAUCUAGCCAAUCUAUCAGAGAAAAAAUCGAUUCAGAAUGACCUGGUCCAUGGUCUAUGUCAGCCAAGUAGUGUACUAAACCCGCCAGAACGAAAUUCUAUUCCAGCUCAACCAAACAACAGUAAAAUCGCUACAACCAUAAAGACAGCAACUCAACCAACAAUAAGCAUUCAGCUAAAGAAGAACCUGGAUUUUACAAUGUUUUCAAAGCCUAAUUUCUCAGCAGCGAAAUGUUUACCUUCAGGCCUUAAAACGUCAUCAAAACCCGCUGAACUGUCGUUACCCAAAAGCUCAAACGGACCAAUGCCUGUAGAAGAAAAUAUGCAAGAAGAAUCGCUAAGCCCAUCUUCUCGAAAACGUCGUCAUGAUGACGAAACAGACCAAGAACACCAAGCGAAACGAAAACCGGUAAAUGAACAGAACAUCUUAGAUAGUAUGCAAGCAUCUGUAACCAACCCUCUUAGCAGAAUUCAAAAACCAGGAGCCAGCACUUUAGGAAGAAUUCAAGCACAAAAAGCUAAAAGUCCACCACAAAUUGAGUCUUCAACUGACGUUACAUUUAAGGGAAUUCAGGCUCCAACAGCUAGCACUGACGGGAGAAGACAAACUCCAACAGCAGCUAAUAUGAGCUUUGAUUACCGUGGAGUUUUUGAUAAUUACCGUCGUUUCAAACGACGAAAACAGAAUAUAAAGAAGUUAAGACACAAUAAUAUGAGAAACCACGGAAAUUUUGACGACGAUAAAAAUCUAGAUUUAGAUGACAAUGAAAAUUUGAAUCUAGAUGACAAUGAAAACUUUGGCGACGAUGAGAUUCUAGAUUCUAAUAACGAUAAAAAUAUAAAUCUCGAUAAUGAAGAUACGUUGAAUGACGAUGAUGUUCUGAAAUCGGAUGAUGAAGAAAAUAUGAAUAUAGAUGCCAACACACCGUUGGAUAAAGAUGAGGUUCUAAAUUCAGAUGACCAUGACGACAUGAAUCUUAAUCGCGAAAAAGAGAUACAUUUAGAUAAAGAUAAUACCUAUCUAAGUGUCAAUGAUCAUAUAAGUUUAGAUCACGAUGAAGACCUUUAUUUAAAUGACGAUGAAGGUCUAAAUCAAGUGUCGACAACUUCUCAAGAAGCAGAAUCCGUUAUAUACCAAAACGAAUCCGAGAAUCCGUUUCUAUUUCGUGCCGGUGCUUUUGAAGACGUUUCUAUCGCUUUUCGUCAACAAACUACAGACGUGUUCGAUGGUGAUGAAUACGUUGAAAACCCUUUCCUACUGACAACCGGCAUAACCUCGUUUACCACCACGGUCGAUGAAAACUGGCAUUUGAUUCAAAAAGCCCAGCAAUUUCAGCGAGACUCAAAUAAUUCCACAAUAGAUUGUGGAGACGACUCUGUCCAUGAUGUGGGUAGAGAAUGUGAAUAUUUAAAAGUUAUAGAUGAUGAAAGUAGAAAAUCAGAAGCACGAGUAAAUGAAGGAGUACAAUAUUCAGAAUCUUGUCUCAAAGCAGAUCAAACGAACCAAGAUAGAGCCCAGAAAGACGUUAAAAUUGAAAGAAUUCUGAAUUUCAAUACAACGUUCUGUAAAAAUGUCUUUUCAGAAGACAAUGACAAUAAAAGUUCAGGAUCUGAUAGUCAUCUGAAUUCAGAUGGCAAACAAUUUCUAGACUUUGAUAUCGAUAAUAAUUUGGAUUCAGAAUCCAACCAAAAUGUGGGUUCAGAAUCCGAUCAUAAUUUGAAAUCAGAAUUUACCCUCAAUUUAAACGCAGAAGACAAUCAAGACUCACAAGAAGCCAAUAACAACCCCGACGAUGAAAAAGCAAGUCUCCUGAAGCAUAAAAUUCAAAAACCAGUAAUCGAAAUACACGAAGAGUUCUCGAGCCAAAAAUCCAUUGACAAAUCGGAAAAAUCCUACCGAAGUUCAGCUUCAGAAGAACGAAAACAAAAGUUUUUGACGGCUUCGAACCUGACAAACUCAAUGGGAUCAGCCACAUCAACCGCCACGCAAAGCCGAAACUCGUCCACGGAAGUGUCCGUCCCACAGCCAACCAUCAACAACAUCAAAAUUGAUUAG